AUGGUAGGUAAAUGCCCAGGAUGUGGAUGGAGCCCUAAAACCGGGAAAACAAGAGAUCUUAAUAAGCAUAUGGAUCUAACACGAAAUAGACCAUGUCAAGCUUUACUGCAACUAUCUCGUAAUACUCAGCCUAUACCACAAGUAACUGUACUGGAUUCCAAUGCUAGAAAAUCAGGUGAGUCUGUUAAACAAUGGGGAUCGAGAUUACGAAAAAGACUAAAAGAAGUGAUUUAUCAAGAUUACCCUCAACCACAAAAUUUAUUUCAAUGCAAACGUCUUUAUGAUCAAUUAUUGCAAGUUGAUCCAGAGGCAUAUGUUAAUGUCUCAGAAACACCUUUAAUGGAAGAAGAAAAACGUGAAGAGCAAGAAUUCUUUGAUGAACCUGAAAUUGAAGAAGCAAAUUUUCAGCAUGAGCCAUCUCCAAUGGUACAGCCAGAAAUCGAUCCUGAAGCUGAAGAAAUAGUAACUCAACAAACCAUGCCAUCAGAUAAUAUAGAAUUGCAACCUGUUCAAGAAUUGCUCAAUUGCAAAGAUGGAUUUCUAGAUUUAGAUAUAGAAGUGCCUUGGCCAGACCCAUUUCCCAAUGACGAAGAACAUCGCGUAAUAUGGCAAAAUGGAAUUCAGACUGCAAAGGAUAUGUUCAAGGUAGAUGGAGCUGAAUAUGCUUUCUCAACUUGGUUUGCAGAAGCUAAAGAGAUAGAUUUAGCCAGUAUAAUAUUAGGAGCAGAAAAUGAAGAUGAAGCUAUACAGGAGGUAUUUUUACAAUGCUUAUAUCGGAAUUAUUCAGAAGAAGAAAUCAAUGAGACUAUAAAAUUAGCAGUAGAUGCUUAUAGAGCAUUAGAAAAUGAAGAUGAAGCUAUACAGGGGGUAUUUUUACAAUGCUUAUAUCGUAAUUAUUCAGAAAAAGAAAUCAAUGAAACUAUAAAAUUGGCAGUAGAUAAAGGAUAUAAAAACUGGUUAAAAAAAGUGGAAUAUCAAAUAGAAUCAAGAAAAUUCGAAGCUGGGAUGACCGAAGAACGAGCACAAAAAAUAUUAGAUACAAUUGAUAAUCAUGAGUAUUUAAUAAGAGUAAAAUUCAUUCGAGAGGAUACAGUAAUAUCAGAUAAGGGAACAAAAAAAGGCUUUAAAAUUAUUGAUAAAUAUGAACCUAUUUGUGAAUCAAAAAAGGCAGGUGGAAAAUACGUCAGGGGUGGACCAAACGUUAUACUUACAAAGAAAACGAAACCAGGAUUUUGGGUAGGAAUAGAUGAAAAAUUUUUGGUUAGAGAAGUCAGUGAGCAAUCUGAGGUAGACAAACUUGAUAGUAAUGCGGUAGUCUAUGGAUUAUAUCGAAUCCGAAAGCCAGAUGUUAAUCAAUUAAUGCCUAUGAAAGAUGGAGCACUUAACUGUGUAGCUGAACGAGUAAUAGAGCAUUUUGAUCAAGCCAAAAGAGGACAUGGACUCACAGAAAUUCGUCGGCAAAAAAUAAAUGAUUGGGAGAAAAAAAUGCGCAUUCCAGGUGCUCGAGUACAAGAUGUAGCAGAGUUAGAAAAAAUUCUUAAACGACCGAUUAAAUUACUUGAUAUAACUCAUGGUACUAUAUUUAAUAGUGGAAAGUAUCGAUCAGGUAAGUAUGAAGAAAUCGGAAUGGUAGUUCAUAAUGGCCAUGCAUUUCCAAGAAACCAGCACUUCCCAAGAGAUCGAAUGGUCGAAUAUUACAAGGGUGAUACUUGGGAAGCUAUCAACAAUGCUCUCCAGGGUCCUCAAGCAAUUUGGCUUAUGGGAGUGGGAAGUGAGAACCAAACAAUAUCACAAUUUGUUCUAGAAGAUGGUCGCACAUUUAGAACCUGGAAAAAGCACACUGAAAUUGUAGAAACAUGCAAACAAUUAAUUGAUGAUGCAAUAGAUUGGCAAUAUCAAGAAGGAAUAAUUGAUAAGGAAAAGAAAUUGAUUCUUUCAGAAUCUCUCAAAGUUGUUGAUUUAGCAGAGCAGGUAUUUGGUGCAAACCAUGCUGGAAGCCGACUUGCUAAUGAAAUCAAUGAAUGGCAUCCAAUAUCUGGAAAAGUAAAUGAAAAUAUAAGACAAGCCUGUGUCGAGCAUGGGCAUGGUGGACGCUGGAAUGCACCCGAUUAUCACGUCAAUGAUGUCGUAUGUAUCGAUAUGAAAGAAUGUUAUCCAGCAAGUAUGCGAGGUCAAGGAGAAUGUACACCAUGGUUCAAUAGGUUCGGACAUCCAACACACCACCUUGUUCGAGUUGCGGUAAAUGGAGAAUUGCCGGAGGAUGAUAUCACUGGAUUUGCGCAGGUAAGAUCUUUUAAAUUUGCAUCAAAUAUACGUUCAGUGAUUCCCGUCUGGUAUGGAAAACAUUUUGCGUGUCGAAGUGGAGAAGGAUGUGGGAAAGAAAAAGGAUGGGCACCUAUUGUACUUCUACGAUAUCUUCUUGAGGUUGGUAUUCUAGAAAGUGUAACUAUUGGAGAGGCAAUAAUUUCUCUUACUAAACAGACCAAAGUAUGGCUACCUAGAAAUCGAGAUAUUAGUUGUGCAAUUAUAGGAAAGUUCACGCAAGGUGGUAAGAUUGACGAGAAACGUCUCACACAUAGACUUGUAAUAGAUGAAGGUGAACUCGAUUUCUUGAUCAAAGAUUGUACUGAUGCCGGAACUUUUGCAGGAAGAGAAAAAUGUCCACUCGGAUUCAUACUUACAUAUUACGAGGGACAUCAACCUCAAUAUACACACUUGCGGGCCUCAAUGUUAGCAUAUGCGCAUAUUAAUUUAUUAGAAAUGCUUCGGAGAUUCGAUCCUAAUGAAGUAGUAAGGAUUGCUACAGAUUCUAUAUAUGUACGAAAAGAGGCUUUAUAUAAAAUCGAAAAUAUACCGGCAUUCUUCAAGCAAGUUGAGGUAAAGUCGGAUCCGAUUUUAUGUUCACACUAUCCUUCUUGUGCAAUGUGUAGCGAUCCAGAAGAAUUGUUUAUAUUUUCAAAAUCAGAAUAUGCAAAAUGGAUUAAAGAGUUUCUAAAAAUAAAAAGGCCUCUAGUAAAAUAUGAAUGCAAAAGACAUAAACCAUUUAUUUGUAGAUUUUGCUUUGCGGGAUGGUUUUAUAGACCAGACUCCUAUGCUCUUUCACAUCAACCAGAAGAACAAGAAAUCCGAGAAAUUCAACCUGGUCAAUGGCGUGACAAGGGCGAAAAGAUAUAUGGUCCAAAUGCGGACAUUGUAUACUGGCCAAAAGAUAGACACCGUGAAUCGAUCAAAGAUAUUCCUGAUAGUACAGCGCCCUCGAUUCAUGAUCCUAUUACAAGAUAUCGAAAUUCAUAUCUCAAUGGAGGAGGCGGAUCUGGUAAAACAACACGUGGAAUUCGAGUCUAUCAAAGUGUAGGUAUGAUUGUCUUUACACAUACGAAUGCAUUAGCUAAAGAUUUUCGAGAUAAACGUAAUGUAAGAGCCCAAACCUGGCAUAGUUUCUUUAGAUGGAAUGGCGUAGGAGAGUGGACACCUGAACGUAUGGGAGAGAAGAAAUUUCCACGAGUUGUUAUUUGGGAUGAGGUAUGUACAGUUCCCAAGCAUAUUCUUGAAAUGUUCAUUAAUUAUUUAUUAGAACAUAAAUGCCAGGUAAUUUGUUGCGGUGACGAUGCACAACCUCCGCCAUUCUUCGGAGAAAUGCCACAUAAUUGGUUAAAAGAGCAUGCUGAUUAUUACGAAGAAGUUCUAACCGAUUAUCGUGCAAAAUGUCCUAAGUUACGUGAACUUAAAAAAGCUAUGCGUCGCAAAAAUAAUCGAAUACAAUCAAAAUUAUUUCGAGGAAUUCUCCCGACUAUAGAAAAAUGGGAAUGUCUCGAAAAGGAAUGGACUCCCUCAGAUCGCAUAUUAUCAGCACAUCGCCUAUCUCGAAGAAUUGCAUCGCAAAAAUGCCUUGAACUCCAUCGUAUUAAGUAUCCAGAUACACCAGUUCCAUUAAUAUAUAGGCCGAGAGAUGGACGUAAACAAAACUGCCUUAUCCAAAUUCCCGGUUCAUCCGAGAAACAAGAACUAGUAAAAAAUGAUAUAGUAUAUUUACCGUUGAAUACGCUUCCUGAAAAUUUUAUAAAAGAUAUAUUAACCGAAGAAAAAAUACUUGAUUGGGAUUUGGGAUAUGCUAUGACUGUGCAUACUAGCCAAGGGAUGACGCUUGAAGCUCCACAACGAGUUUGGGUUAUCGAUGAACAUUUGGCGUGGGAUAAUCUAAUAUAUCUCGCAGUUGGUCGUGUAGAAUAUUUGAGCCAGCUUAUUCGGGUUGAAGGUCCCCCAUUACCUCCUGAGAUUGAGGAAGCAAAAAAUAAGAAAGCAAUCGAAUGUUCAUUGAGGUCAUUUAUUUCUGGAAAACUCGUAGGAUAUAUGGAUCAAGAUAAGAAAAAAGGUCGCGAAUUCGAUUUAUCUGUUGACUAUAUCCUUACAUUAAAAGAUUUGCAGAAAGAUAAAUGCGCACUAUGCCUUAUUGAGAUGGAAUGGGGUUGGUAUGAUGCAUAUAAUCAGGAUCAAUGGACAGUUGAUCGAAUUGAUAACCAAGUAGGACAUAUCAAAG